GUGCAAGCCCGUCCAAUGAUUAUGCAGGGGAAAGGUGAUAAUGACUUCCUAUCAAGAGUUAACGGCCGAAGGGGAGAAUAGCCCUCUGUUAACGGGCUGCUGCCGAGCAAAAGAGGUUAUAAACCAGGACCUGGGCAGCAGGUCUCAUCCUGAACUCGGUGGUCGUGAUGAGGAGGGGAAAGUGGAGGUGGAAGUUGCCUCGGGAUUUUAUUCUCCGCGUCUGACUUUGUGCACCUCUUCGGACAGCCCUCCUCCUCCAGGGUUUGAGGCUCUGGAGGGAUUCUCGACACUGGCCUGCCCCCACUCGUCCCGUGUCCCCUGGCGGUGCAGGGUGCAGGGGCAGGGCUCUCCAGGACGUGGAUACUGCGCGUCAAAUAAAGAGAAGCCACAGCGCUUUGGGUCACUUACGGAGGAAAUUCAAAUUUACCCUCACAAUAUCCCCGAGAUUCACAUCACCGUGGGAAGCUCCACGAGCCCGGACUGUAAAGGAGCUGAUACGGAUGAAAGGAGUAAAACUUUUGAGUGGAUGAGAGUAAAGAGGAGUCAGCACCGGGCGGUCAGGACGCGCAUGACCUGUGGGUUCAGUAUUGUUGACUCGGGCCUCGGUGUGGUGGAGGCUGGAAAUCGCAGCAUCUGCGCGGACGGCCAUCCCACGAUGAACGGAGCCCCGAGGAUCAGUUACAGCACCAAGCAGCUGACCGAGCUGGAGAAGGAGUUUCACUUCAACAAGUACCUGACGCGGGCCAGGCGGGUGGAGGUCGCCGGCGCCCUGCAGCUUAGCGAGACCCAGGUGAAAGUUUGGUUUCAGAACAGACGCAUGAAGGAGAAGAAAUUACAGAGAGACGGGCUACUCUCCGACCCAAGGCCCGCGGCUCCGCACUCACACGCCGACACUUUGGACACCUGCCCCUUCCACGGACCGACCUAGCCAAAAAAAAAAAAAAAAAAAAAAUCAAAACAAACAAACAAACACCUGCCCCUGAACUCCUGAACUGCAUCGUGCGUUACACGGCAAGUCUGCAAAUGUUUUGAUUGGCGUUUGCAUCGUUUUCAAUCAGGCUUCACCUUUAUUUGCUUACAACGAUGGAUGCUUAACGCAAGAAGCGCAAAGGCAAGUUUCUUCAUGCAAGAACGGGCCCAGACGAUUUGUCAUUCUCUCCGGCUUCAGACUGGUGCUCUGAUUUGAAUAUUAAAAUUCAACUCAUCCCAUUGCGCUCCUAUCUACACAAUGUAAACGAAGAUACAAACUCAUAUUAAUUGCCCAUAGAAACCGUGGAAGUCCAUUUGCGUAUUUUCUUUUUGUGUUUUUUGUGUUUCUUUUUUUUGUUUUUGUUUUUUACUUUUUUUUUUUGGACAAUUUAUUCGGCAAACUUGAACACAUUUUAACUCGUGCUUCCCAGUUUCUAUGUAAAAUGUAUUAUUUCUAUUUAUUGAAGAUCUAUUUAUGAUUAUUAUUUAUUCUGAUAUUUUUACAGCAUUUAUUCACAUUAUGCCAUAGCUGCCGUCUCAGACAAAUUAAAGUCCACAAUUAUGUGGAAUUGUUUCUGUUUAAGCUGUUUGCUUCUGACGGCUCACAUUUGAGGACAGGAGGAGAUACACCUGUUGUAGGCAGAGCCCACGCGUUAUGUUACCAAAUAUUUAUCAAGCUAAUUUAGCUUCGCUUUGAAUCCUGCCUUCGUGUCGUGUGUUUUAUCCACUCCCACUGUUUCCUUUAUCCACGGAACGAUUAAAAUGCCAUGAUUGAUGGAGAGAUUUAUUGAUGGGCUCGUAUUGGAGUAUUGAUCCGUGGUGAUCCAUCCAUUUGAGGCACAAAUAUGUGAGCAUUUGCAUGCAUGUGUAACUGCAUGUUAAUGGAAUGUAGAAACGUCGCGAUCGGGAGCUGUUGCGUCUUUUAUUGCUUCUAUAUAUGCAUCAGAAAAUGAUAAUUUAGCUGAAAGACUCAUGCGGGAGAAGAGACAAUAAAACGGUGCCUGUGCUGUUUUGCAGAUCAACCAAUAAACUGUGUG